CAAAUCGGUGACAGUGAGGACACUAAGACUACUCUUCCAGAAUGGCAACCCCCAACACCACUCACUGGAAUGAGACCACAUCCAUUUCCCACUACCUGGGCUUUCAAGUGCAAAAAAUUUACCCUUUCCACGACACCUGGAACACUGCCUGCUUUAUUAUCCUCAUCAUAUUCAUCUUCACUGUUGUCUCCCUGGUGGUGCUGGCUUUCCUCUAUGAACUCCUAGACUGUUGCUGCUGUGUGAAAAAUAAAACCAUGAAGGACUUGGAAAAUGAACCCAACCCUGUCAGAGCAAUGCUGAACAGCAUCAGAAAGCAUGGAACUGAGGUGGUGUAG